AAAUCCGAAUCCAACUCCAAAUCCCGUUAGGGUUUGCUUGUUCCUUUCUGUUCGCAGCCGCGGGAGCACGCAUCGAAGCCUCGAUCACGAACGGUGAGCUCGUGAGUUCUAGAGAUCGUCGCCGGCGAUGGGAGUCCCGGCGUUCUACCGUUGGUUGGCGGAGAAGUACCCCAUGGUGGUGGUUGACGUUGUGGAAGAGGAGCCCGUAGAGAUCGAGGGCGUUCGAAUCCCUGUUGAUACUUCGAAGCCAAAUCCUAAUGGCCUUGAGUUUGAUAAUCUCUACUUAGAUAUGAAUGGAAUCAUCCAUCCCUGCUUCCAUCCAGAGGAUCGACCUGCACCGACUACAUAUGAUGAAGUCUUCCAAUGCAUGUUUGAUUACAUUGACAGGCUUUUUGUCAUGGUGCGCCCUCGGAAGCUUCUAUAUAUGGCCAUUGAUGGUGUUGCUCCAAGAGCUAAAAUGAAUCAGCAGCGUUCUAGAAGGUUUAGAGCUGCCAAAGAUGCUGCGGAUGCUGCAGCUGAAGAAGAAAGGUUGCGACAGGAAUUUGAGAGAGAAGGCAGAAAACUUCCUCCAAAACAGGAAUCACAGCUUUAUGAUACUAAUGUUAUUACUCCCGGAACUGAAUUUAUGGCUGUUCUAUCAAUUGCAUUGCAGUACUACAUUCAUUUAAGGCUAAACUAUGACCUUGGCUGGAAACAAGUUAAGGUUAUUCUUUCUGAUGCAAAUGUUCCUGGUGAAGGGGAACAUAAAAUUAUGUCCUACAUCCGCCUUCAGAGAAAUUUACCUGGUUACGAUCCAAAUACUCGCCAUUGUUUGUAUGGUCUGGAUGCAGAUUUGAUUAUGUUAGCUUUGGCUACACAUGAAGUUCAUUUUUCAAUUUUGAGAGAGGUUGUGUUUACUCCGGGGCAACAAGAUAAGUGUUUUCUCUGUGGUCAAAUGGGUCAUUUAGCUGCUGAUUGCCAAGGAAAUGCAAAAAGAAAAAUGGGAGAGUUCGAUGAGAAGGGUGAAGAUGUGUCUGUUGUGAAAAAGCCUUAUCAGUUCCUAAAUAUCUGGACUCUUCGCGAGUAUUUAGACUAUGAGUUCAGAGUACCCAAUCCACCCUUUGAGGUUGACUUUGAACGCAUCGUGGAUGAUUUUGUCUUCAUGUGUUUCUUUGUUGGCAAUGAUUUUCUUCCACACAUGCCCACUUUAGAAAUUCGUGAGGGUGCGAUAAAUUUAUUGAUGGCUGUAUAUAAGAAAGAAUUUAGGGUAAUGGGUGGUUAUCUGACGGACUCAAGCAAGCCUAAUUUGAGAAGGGUAGAACAUUUCAUACAGGCAGUGGGAUCCUAUGAGGAUAGAAUAUUUCAGAAAAGAGCUCGCUUGCAUCAGCGCCAAUCAGAAAGAAUAAAGCGUGGAAAGACGCAAGCAAAGCGAAGGGAUGAUGUUGAUCCACUUGUUAGACCAGAUCUUAUUGUUCCUGUUGCCCGUUUUCAUGGUUCUCGUCUUGCUUCUGGUCCUUCUCCUUCUCCCUUCCAGGAAUCUGGAUCCUCCCGACGGCAUCGCAAAGCUCCUUGUUUAUCCUCAGAAGGAGCAACUGUGGGUGCUGCUCUUGUAGAGGCUGAGAAUAGUCUUGAAACAGAAAUACAUGAAAAUAAAGAGGAACUGAAAUCAAAGCUUAAGGAAUUACUAAGGGAGAAGUCUGAUCUUUUCAACGCUGAAAAGCCAGAGGAAGACAAGGUUAAACUCGGAGAGCCAGGAUGGAAAGAAAGAUAUUAUGAAGAAAAGUUUUCUGUAAAAAUUGCUGACGAAAUUGAAACAUUACAAAAAGAUGUUGUCCUGAAGUACACUGAAGGCUUGUGCUGGGUCAUGCAUUACUAUUAUGAAGGAGUUUGCUCAUGGCAAUGGUUCUACCCUUAUCAUUAUGCACCAUUUGCUUCUGAUCUCAAAGAUCUGGAUGGACUGAAAAUAAGUUUCAAACUCGGCGCCCCUUUCAAACCUUUCAAUCAGCUUAUGGGAGUUUUUCCAGCUGCAAGUUCCCAUGCACUUCCUCCAAAUUAUAGGCGAUUGAUGUCCGAUCCAAAUUCUCCCAUCAUUGACUUCUACCCCACUGAUUUUGAGGUGGACAUGAGCGGGAAGAGAUUUGCUUGGCAGGGUAUUGCAAAACUUCCUUUUAUUGAUGAAUCCCGUUUGCUUGCUGAGAUCAGCAGAGUGGAACAUACUCUUACGGAUGAGGAAGUACGGCGAAACAGCACACUGUCGGACAUGCUUUUUGUAAAUAUAUCUCAUACUCUUUCUCCGUUUAUAUUUUCUCUCAACAACCAAUUUGGACAUCUGUCAGACAAAGAACGUGCUGAAGUGAAGGAAAAACUUGAUCCUACAGCCAGUGGAGGAAUGAAUGGUUAUCUUUCAUUAUGUGGGGGGGACCCAUGUCCUCCAGUCUUCCGGUCUCCUGUUAAAGGAAUGGCAGAUAUAGUGGACAACCAAGUCAUAUGUUCAAUAUACAGACUUCCAGAUCUUCAUAAACACUUAGCAUGCCCACCAGCUGGAGUUGUAUUCCCCAAAAAGAUUGUGACCAUUGGUGACUUGAAGCCACCACCUGUUUUAUGGCAUGAAGAUACCGGCAGGAGGCCAUAUGAAAAUGGAAGGCAAAACCCUCCUGGAGCUGUUUCUGGCAAGCAGCUAGGUGAUGCUGCCCAUCGGCUUGUUGUGAAUAGCUUACAGAUGAGUAGGGACCAUCGCAACGGUGAUCCAAGGUUUGCACCACCAGCACCAUAUGAUGCAGGCAGGGUUGGUGCAUCAUAUCCCAAUGGAGGACACUAUUCAUUGGAUCAUACAGCACCGGUACCUAGGCGGGAUCAUCAUGUUGGUAAUGGACAUUGGCGCAACUCUGGAAACCAUUUAGACUACAGCCAAGGGCAGCGACAGGCACCUCCUGCAUCAAUUCAUCAGUAUCAUGCACCGGUGCAUUCACAGCCCGAAAGAAACCAGUAUGACCGUCGUCAUAACUCUCAACAUCAUGGUGGCGAUAGCCACUCAAACUCGCGAGCUCGAAUUCCAGCAGAUAACCACUACCAUCAAAACGAUGCUUACAACCGUCCUCCGAAUACAGGUUAUCACUACCCUCCAGCAGGUAGACCUUUAAUGCAAACACCGGUUCCCGGACCUUAUGGCCCUUCGGGGCUAGAGUACAAUGUCAGCUAUGGUAACUAUCAAGCUCAUGGCACUCAGCAGCAAUGGCAGCCGAGAUUGGAUAACGGGAGGGCAGCACCACCAAGUCAAGCCCCUCCAGGGCGACCUUACAAUCUGCGCCAGCAACCAACUAAUCGUUACUCAUCACUAGACCGGGGCCCAAAUCGAAGGCCACCACCGCCAUCCGAUCAUUCCAGGUCAUAGGCUUGCCCUGCUCCGUUGCUUGCUGAAACUCCUGUUGUUCCGGAGAUGUAUCAUAUCGUGUUCACCGGCUUAACAACGUGAGAUAAUUUUCACAUUUAGCAAUUUUUCGCAUUUGUAUCCUUUUAUAUCUGAAUAAUGACAUUGUUAUUUCCUUUGUAACAGUAUCAAUAUUGCAAUAGUUAAUUUCACGGCCAUUUAAUUUCUUGGUUUC